GCCUUAAAAUGUUUGAUGGGAAGCAUUGGAGAAUUGAUGUUGGAGACAUUAACAUGUAGGCUAUUGGUUCAUUCGAAUAACUUGUAGUGACUUGGCCUGUCAACAGACUGCUCUCUUAUCUUAAAGCAUAAAGGAUCUAUUUAGUUGCGUGUUCGUUAGAUCAGAAUUAGUUAUUGUGCAGCGAUCCGUCGGUGAGUGCGACACCGAAGUUAUGGUUGCAUGACUUCAGCCCCUGAGACUUAGGCCUUGGCUCACUCAUGGUGGAUUCUGAGUUUAUGGUGAGGGCGCCCCCUCUGGAUGGGAGGGAUAUGGAGCUGGAUGUGCUGGGCUUCCUGGACUCUCUGGGGGAGGACAACACCACAGCAGCAGAGAGGUGCUACCGCUCCCACUCCCGCAGCAGUGUCCUGCAGGGCCUGCCUUUUGGAGGGGUGCCCACGGUCCUCGCCAUCAAUGUUGUCCUGUGGCUGUUUCUUUUGCUCAUCUUUUCCUGUUUGAGGAAGGCUGCGUGGGACUAUGGCCGUCUGGCUCUACUGAUGGAGAAUGACAGCCUCACGUCCCUGUUCUACGGAGAGCAGAGUGAGAAGGAGAAGUCCCCGUCAGAGUCCAGCCCGUCAGACUCCGACACCAAGGACUUGGGCUUCUGUUCUUGGCUUACAACACUUUACCAUAUGAAGGAUGAGGAGAUCAGGAGUAAGUGUGGUGUCGACGCUACGACCUACCUGUCCUUCCAGCGCCACAUCAUCCUGCUCAUGACUGUGGUCUGCCUGCUGUCUUUGGCCAUCAUCCUGCCUGUCAACUUUUCCGGAAACCUCCUAGGGGAUAAUCCUGAAAAUUUUGGAAGAACGACUGUGGCUAAUCUUCCUGCGAAGGACAGCUUCCUGUGGCUCCACAGUAUCUUUGCUCUGCUCUACUUCAUCAUCACAGUGCUGUGUAUGGCCCACCACUCCUCACGCCUGGAGUACAGAGAGGACGAGAAGGUGGCCAGGACUCUCAUGAUCACCUGCAUCCCCAGAGAGAUCUCAGACCCAGGCCUCAUCACCAAACACUUCCAUGAGGCCUACCCGAGCUGUACUGUCACUGACCUCCGCUUCUGCUUCAACGUACACAAACUGAUGAGGCUGGACUCUAAGAGACGGAAGGCGAUGAAAGGAAGGCUGUAUUUUGCCACUAAGGCCCAGAAGGAGGGGAAGAUCAUGAUUAAGACCCACCCCUGUGCUACCAUCUUCUGCUGUGACGUGUGCGGCUUUGAGCAGGUGGAUGCAGAGCAGUACUACAGUGAGCUAGAGGAGAAACUGACUGAUGAGUUUAAUGCAGAGAAGCAUCGCAUCUCGCUCAUGAGGCUGGGCAUCGCCUUUGUGACCUUUCGGGACGAAAGGAUGACUGCUGUUAUUGUCAAGGACUAUAGCAGGGUCCGUUGCCGUCAGAAACCACAGCAGUCAAGCAUCACCACGGUAGUUCAGUCUCACAGGUGGGGUGUAAACUACGCCCCGGCACCAAGCGACAUCAUCUGGGAGAACCUCUCAGUGUGUGGCUCCCGCUGGUGGCUCCGCAGCGUCCUGCUCAACAUCCUCCUCUUCCUCAUCCUCUUCUUCCUCACCACUCCCGCCAUCAUUGUCAACACCAUGGACAAGUUCAACGUCACCCGGCCUGUGGACAGCCUGAGGAGCCCGAUCAUCACUCAGUUCUUCCCUACUCUAUUGCUCUGGGCAUUCUCUGUCCUGCUGCCCUUCAUAGUCUAUUACUCAGCCUUCUUCGAGUCUCACUGGACCAGAUCCAGUGAGAACCAGAUCACGAUGCACAAGUGCUUUGUACUGUUGGUGUUCAUGGUGAUCAUCCUGCCCUCGCUGGGUCUCUCCAGUCUGGAUCUGUUCUUCAGGUGGCUGUUUGAUGUCAACUUCCUGGAAGACAAGGAUGUUAAAUUGGAGUGUGUGUUCCUGCCUGAUAACGGUGCGUUCUUUGUAAACUACGUGAUCACGUCCAGCCUGAUCGGCACGGCCAUGGAGCUGCUGCGUAUCCCAGCUCUGAUGGUGUAUGCUCUGCGUCUCUGUUUGGCCAAGCCCGGGGCCGAGCGCAUCCACGUCAAACGGAGCCAGGCCUAUGAGUUCCAGUUUGGUCUGGAGUACGCAUGGACCAUGUGCAUCUAUGCUGUUAGCAUGACUUACAGUAUCACCUGUCCCAUCAUCAUGCCCUUUGGGCUGCUCUACCUGAUCCUGAAACACAUGGUGGACCGUUACAACAUCUACUAUGCCUACGUGCCCACCAACCUCAACCAGCGCAUCCACACUGCAGCCAUCAGCCAGGUCAUCGUGGCGCCCAUCCUCUGCAUGUUCUGGCUCCUGUUCUUCUCUGUGCUCAGGCUGGGCCCAAUGCGUCCCAUCACCCUCUUCACAUUUGUAUCGCUGCUCUCCUGCCUUGUCUUCUCCCUCUUCAGCUUAUGCCUUAGGAAACAGCCUGACAAGUCAUCAAGCUACCAGAUGUUUGACCAGAUGUCUGCUGACCAGCCAGCAGAAGGGGCCUUCACUGAUGCAGAGAGAAGCUCCACCCCCUCCACCACCCCCUCCAAUCUGUUUGUGGCAUCUGUGUUGCUGGAGCCGGAGUUAGGCCUGACCCCCAUGCCCUCGCCAGCUCACCAGAGCUACGGGACUAUGGCCAGCUCCCAGGACAGAGAGGAGCAAGAGGAGGAGGAAGACCAGGUUGAGACUGUCGAGACAGAGCUCCAGGACUCUCCAAACCCCUAUUACUCCAGCCCCCUCAUGGACAGCCCAGUGGGCUACCAGUGACUCACCCCCCUCCCUAACCUCCAUACCGUCUCCUAUUUGUAAGAGAGAAAGAUGUUUUUUUUAAACCCUUGUUUUACCCUCUUCCACAUCCAAGCCCCUCUGACUGUACAAUGUUUGUGAGGGACCCUUUUGGAUUUUGUGUUUGGAGGUUCUUUGGAACCAAAGGCUGAAAUAGGUUCUUCCCCAGCCCAGUGGAGGGGAUGUGGGGGCUUCAUCUUAAAUAAACAAUACGGAGGAUACUUCAAACAAAAGUGCAUCUCUAGUUUUCUGACUACUUCAUGUCUCCAUUUUUUCCCCUCUAUAAGUGAAUGAACUUUACCAUACUGUAUGUGACCUGACUGGGAGUGACUGUGUAGUGAAGGACACUAUCUUUGUGUACCACUGGGAAAGAAGUAGGGAUGAAUUUCACCAGUUCAGUGGGUUUUAACCCAACGACCCUACUAGACAGAGUGGUCUUGGCUCUGGGGGAUCUGGCUCUAGUGGAGUAGAGCUCUGUGAGGCAGGGCUGCGGGUCGGGAUCAAGCCAUCUGCAGUGGGAGAACAGGACAGACGGAGGGAAGGCAGAGUGGAACUCCGAUCUCUAUCACCCUAUGGAGGGGAAGGGACAACGGGUCUGAUACUAUUGCAUUUAUUGUCAAGGUUCUUGUUUUUGCUCUUCUGUACUGUCAGUUGUAUGUGAUAUUAUUGUGCUGAGGGGCGGACUGUGUGUAUUGUUUAAUAAUUUAUGUAUAGUGCCAUCCCUUUUUAUUAAUGUUUAUCAAUGACUGUUAUUAUGAGAACAUCAUAGUUGUGGAAAUGGGAGAAAAGAUUUCAAAACAGAAAACAAAAAGGAGUACUCUUAUUGGACAAGUUCAGGGAGCACCUGAAGUCCUCAAUUUUUAGAACAUUAUCUCCAAUUGACUUGGGUUUUAAAACGUUGUGCGUAAAGGUCCGGCCGCAAAAAUAGUCUUGAAAAGAUACUAGUAGUACCCUAUUGCAUUAUGGUUUCAGUAGUCCAAACCAGUCGUCCGCUCCACUGCAUGUUGCGAACGUAUACAUUGUAAUACUCCAUGUCCACCCAUCAAACUAAAGACUCGGCUGACCUCACUGUUUGAUUCAAUCAUACAGUAACCUUUGCUAGUUUUGUAUUGCAAGUGUUUUGCUGCUCGGGGGAGAGGUUUCCAUGCCAAACUAAAUGGAAACUGAUUGAGUUUUGUCAUUGUGCUCUCUUGCUGUGCCUUGAAGAAAAACUCACUAUGUUGCAUGGACUGAACUGAAGAGCAGGGAAAAGCGGGAGACCGAUUCAAACAAACACGCAUAUGUGCGCAUUCUGGUCCAUAGUUCUAUCCAACGCAAUUGAUAGCUAUUAUCCUACUCCCUACUUUAUGUGAGCAGCCAUCUUCCUGUGUACUGUGUGUCAUACAGUUCCUUCAACCAAUAGACAAGCAGCAGACCUGGGUUCAAUAAAGUACAUGCAUAUAAGUCUUUAGUAAAAGUUGUAUUUUCUGAGUUUUGAAUAUUUUCUAAUGUAGCUGAAUGUUACUACCUUUUCUUGAAGUAUUAGAAAGUAUAUUCUAAUAGUUUCCUAUAAAUAGCCUACUUUUUUGACAUGCUUAUUUCCAAAUACAUUUAUAAAAACAUUUAAAAAAUGUAACCUAAAGGACAAGGUUCGAAUGCAUGGAGUAUUUAAAUGCACUUGUCUGUGUAUUUGAUGAUUUUCAAGUACAUGCCAAUACUUCCAAAUACAUUCAAAUAUUGAACUACUCAUUUUCAAGGAAAACACCGACAUACUUGCUUCAAAAUGUCUUUGAAAGUCAUCGAAAUAGUCUUUGAACCCAGGUCUGUCGAACAGUGUGCUCCGCAAACCACCGAGCUAAUGAUGUUGACUCAUUAUGUGCAGACUAUUUGCUAGUCUGAUGGGGUUUUUCAAUGGAAGCAUUUGGAUUGUGGUUUAAGGUGCCUUGUUGUCGGUGUCUUUGCAGUUUCUAACUGCUGUAUUCUGUGAUCAUAUAUUCAAGCUCUUUGUCGAUGAUAUAAUGGGAUUUGAACGUUGAUUCUCUGGUGUCUUUUCCCUUCCUAUGAGUUGAUUAUAAGCUGUAGUUACGGUACCAGUCAAAAGUUUGGAUACAUCUACUCAUUCAAGGGUUUUUCUUUAUUUUUACUAUUUUCUACAUUGUAGAAUAAUAGUGAAGACAUUAAAACCUAUGGAAUCAUGUAGUAACCAUAAAAGUGUUCUUCAAAGUAGCCACCCUUUGCCUUGAUGAUAGGUUUGCACACUCUUGGCAUUCUCUCAGCCAGCUUCAUGGGGAAUGCUUUUCCAACAGUCUUGAAGGAGUUCCCAUAUAUGCUGAGCACUUGUUGGCUGCUUUUCCUUCACUCUGCGGUCCAACUCAUCCCAAACCAUCUGAAUUGGGUUGAGGUCUUGUGAUUGUGGAGGCCAGGUCAUCUGAUGCAGCACUCCCAUCACUCUCCUUCUUGGUCAAAUAGCCCUUACACAAACUGGAGGUAUGUUAGGUCAUUGUCCUCUUAAAAAAAACAAAUGAUAGUCCCACUAAGCGCAAACCAGUGGGUUGGCAUAUCGCUGCAGAAUGCUGUGGUAGCCAUGCUGGUUUAAUUGUGCCUAAAAUUCUAAAUAAAUCAGUGUCACCAGUGUCACACCAUCACACCACCACCUCCAUGCAUCACGGUGGGAACCACAUGACAUCAAGGCAAAGGGUGGCUACUUUGAAGAAUCUCAAAUAUAAAAUAUAUUUGGAUUUGUUUAACACUUUUGUUUGGUUACUACAUGAUUCCAUUUGUAUUAUUUCACAGUUCUAAUGUCUUCACUAUUAUUCUACAAUGUAGAAAAUAGUAAAAAAAAAUAUAGAAAAAUCCUUGAAUGAGUUGAUGUGUCCAAACUUUUGACUGGGACUGUAUGUUUUGUCAUGUCAUCAUUCAUAUAUUGUGGUUUUUGGUUUUUCCUGAACCCAAAGGAAGCUACCGAAUGUAUAUAAUAGUACUCCAAAAUUCAAACGGUAUAAUUGUCAACCUAAGAAAUGUCCAGUGUACUUUAGUGCAGCCCUGUGAAGGUAGUAAUUUUAUAGUCAUUGAAGUAUAUUCUUGAUAUACUCUGUCUUUUUGAAAUAGUGUUUGUCAGAAGUGAUUUUGAGAAAUGGAGGGAAUAUCGCGCACCAGCGACUCCUGUGGCGGGCUGGGCGCAGUGUGCGCUAGCCAAGGUGGCCAGGUGCACAGUGUUUCCUCCGGCGCAUUGGUGCGGCUGGCUUCCGGGUUGGAUGCGCACUGUGUUAAGAAGCAGGUUGGGUUGUGUAUCGGAGGACGCAUGACUUUCAACCUUCGUCUCUCCCGAGCCCGUACGGGAGACAAGAUAGUAGCUACUACAACAAUUGGAUACCACGAAAUUGGGGAUAAAAAGGGGUAAAAUAAAAAAUAAAAAGAAAGAAACCUAGAGAGGAACGAGGCUAUGUGGGGUGGCCAGUCCUCUUCUGGCUGUGCCGGGUGGAGAUUAUAACAGAACAUGGCCAAGAUGUUCAAAUGUUCAUAAAUGACCAGCAUGGUCAAAUAAUAAUAAUCACAGGCAGAACAGUUGAAACUGGAGCAGCAGCACGGCCAGGUGGACUGGGGACAGCAAGGAGUCAUCAUGUCAGGUAGUCCUGAGGCAUGGUCCUAGGGCUCAGGUCCUCUGAGAGAGAGAAAGAAAGAGAGAAUUAGAGAGAGCAUACUUAAAUUCACACAGGACACCGGAUAGGACAUGAGAAGUACAGCGGUUCGUUGCUCCAGAGCCUUUCCGUUCACCUUCACACUCCUGGGCCAGACUACACUCAAUCAUAUGACCCACUGAAUAGAUGAGUCUUCAGUAAAGACUUAAAGGUUGAGACCGAGUUUGCGUCUCUCACAUGGGUAGGCAGACCAUUCCAUAAAAAUGGAGCUCUAUAGGAGAAAGCCCUUCCUCCAGCUGUUUGCUUACAAAUUAUAGGGACAAUUAGGAGGCCUGCGUCUUUUGACCGUAGCGUACGUGUAGGUAUGUACGGCAGGACCAAAUCAGAGAGAUAGGUAGGAGUAAGCCCAUGUAAUGCUUUGUAGGUUAGCAGUAAAACCUUGAAAUCAGCCCUUGCCUUGACAGGAAGCCAGUGUAGGGAGGCUAGCACUGGAGUAAUAUGAUCACAUUUUUUGGUUCUAGUCAGGAUUCUAGCAGCCGUAUUUAGCACUAACUAAAGUUUAUUUAGUGCUUUAUCCGGGUAGCCGGAAAGUAGAGCAUUGCAGUAGUCUCAUCUAGAAGUGACAAAAGCAUGGAUACAUUUUUUUGCAUCAUUUUUGGACAGAAAGUUUCUGAUUUUUGCAAUGUUACGUAGAUGGAAAAAAGCUGUCCUUGAAACAGUCUUGAUAUGUUCUUCAAAAGAGAGAUCAGGGUCCAGAGUAACGCCGAGGUCCUUCACAGUUUUAUUUGAGAUGACUGUACAACCAUUAAGAUUAAUUGUCAGAUUCAACAGAAGAUCUCUUUGUUUCUUGGGACCUAGAACAAGCAUCUCUGUUUUGUCCGAGUUUAAAAGUAGAAAGUUUGCAGCCAUCCACUUCCUUAUGUCUCAAACACAUGCUUCUAGUGAGGGCAAUUUUGGGGCUUUACCAUGUUUCAUUGAAAUGUACAGCUGUGUGUCAUCCGCAUAGCAGUGAAAGUUAACAUUAUGUUUUCGAAUGACAUCCCCAAGAGGUCAAAUAUAUAGUGAAAACAAUAGUGGUCCUAAAAUGGAACCUUGGGGAACACCAAAAUUUACAGUUGAUUUGUCAGAGGACAAACCAUUCACAGAGACAAACUGAUAUCUUUCCGACAGAUAAGAUCUAAACCAGGCCAGAACUUGUCCGUGUAGACCAAUUUGGGUUUCCAAUCUCUCAAAAAGAAUGUGGUGAUCGAUGGUAUCAAAAGCAGCACUAAGGUCUAGGAGCACGAGGACAGAUGCAGAGCCUCGGUCUGAUGCCAUUAAAAGGUAAUUUACCACCUUCACAUGGGGUCUAAAACCAGACUGAAGCAUUUUGUAUACAUUGUUUGUCUUCAGGAAGGCAGUGAGUUGCUGUGCAACAGCCUUUUCUAAAAUUCUUGAGAGGAAUGGAAGAUUCGAUAUAGGCCUAUAGUUUUUUAUAUUUUCUGGGUCAAGGUUUGGCUUUUUCAAGAGAGACUUUAUUACUGCCACAUUUAGUGAGUUUGGUACACAUCUGGUGGAUAGAGAGCCGUUUAUUAUGUUCAACAUAGGAGGGCCAAGCACAGGAAGCGGCUCUUUCAGUAGUUUAGUUGGAAUAGGGUCCAGUAUGCAGCUUGGAGGUUUAGAGGCCAUGAUUAUUUUCAUCAUUGUGUCAAGAGAUAUAGUACUAAAACACUUGAGUGUCUCUCUUGAUCCUAGGUCUUGGCAGAGUUGUGCAGACUCAGGACAACUGAGCUUUGAAGGAAUACGCAGAUUUAAAGAGGAGUCCGUAAUUUGUUUUCUAAUAAUCAUGAUCUUUUCCUCAAAGAAGUUAAUGAAUUUAUCACUGCUGAAGUGAAAGCCAUCCUCUCUUGGCGAAUGCUGUUUUUCAGUUAGCUUUACGACAGUAUCAAAAAUACAUUUCGGAUUGUUCUUAUUUUCCUCAAUUAAGUUGGAAAAAUAGGAUGAUCGAGCAGCAGUAAGGGCUCUUCGAUACUGCAUGGUACUGUCUUUCCAAGCUAGUUGGAAGACUUCCAGUUUGGUGUGGCGCCAUUUCCGUUCCAAUUUUCUGGAAGCUUGCUUCAGAGCUCGGGUAUUUUCUGUGUACCAGGGAGCUAGUUUCUUAUGAGAAAUAUCUUUAGUUUUUAGGGGUGCAACUGCAUCUAGGGUAUUGUGCAAGGUUAAAUUGAGUUCCUCAGUUAGGUGGUUAACUGAUUUUUGUCCUCUGAGAUGUUCAUAGUGGAGAGCACCACAAUAAAACCAGUUUGAAUAGAGAAGCCCCAACCCAGAAGUCCCCUAAGAUCACCAAACGUGUGCUCUGAAUUCAGCAGGUUUUUACACAGGUCAUACAGUUCUUUAACAUGUUCUUAUAAGAAAAGAAUCAUGUUUUUACACAGGUCAUACAGUUCUUUAACAUGUUCUUAUAAGAAAAGAAUCAGGUUUUUUUUAUGAUGGUCACAACAGUUGAUUCCAUUUCAUUUCAGGUAAUCAUGUGCAAACAUCAAAAAGUUCAAGAACCAAACUUUCUUCAUGUCCCAAUAACAUUGCGAGAAGGAUAUGUACUUGUAAAACCCACAGAUUUGAUGCUAAAUGAGCUCUAUUGUUCCUCUGUCAUUUGUGCUCAUACAUCAGAUGCUCUUCACAUGGGCGCUCCGGCUCUGUUUUGGGAAUACAGUGGUUUUCCAGACUUUGCUCAAGCUCUUAUUUUCGUCCUUUACGGGAAACUGCUGUGUUCUUUCUGAAAUACUACUUAUAGAUUUCUCUGAAGCAUCUACUUUCGCAGGGAAAUAAAGUAAAACUAACAUUA